AGAUGCUUCCUGUGAGGACCGACUUCGAUGAGGAACUCUGUUAAAACGAGCAGCCUCACAGAACCCUGGGAGAGAAAGUUGCAGGUCAGACGAGCAGGCAAGAUGAGAGCACAAGGAGCCAACGGAACGACCGAGCAAACGCAAAAUGCCAAUCAACAGCUGGACUACAACCAAAGCCACAUCCAACAGUUCCUCAUUGCUGGGGGAGAGCUGGGGCUCAAACACUUCUACACAGAGCUCUCUGUUCUCCUCCUGGUGGUCUACCUUCUAGUGCUCAUCGGUAACUUUAUGGUUUUCUUUGCGGUGGUGCUGGAGACCAAACUGCACACACCCAUGUACAUUUUCCUCAGCAGUCUCUCUCUAACAGAUAUCAUCAUCACAACCAGCGUUCUCCCCAAGAUGAUAUCGGUGUGCCUACUGAAUGAUAUUGCCAUUUCUUUCUCCGGCUGCUUCUUGCAGCAGAUCACCUAUUUGACAUUUCAGGUUACUGAGAGCAUUUUGCUUCUUUUAAUGUGCUAUGACCGCUAUGUGGCAAUUUGCAAUCCUCUACGCUACAAUGAUAUCAUCAAUCCCCGGAUGUGUGUUCUACUCUCAGUCUUUGCUUGCAUUGUUGGAUUUUUUGUGAUGCUUCCACUUACAACGUAUGCAUCAAGGUUACCUUAUUGUGGGAACCACCUCAUGUUCUGGUUUUGUGAUUUCCCUACAGUUAUCGCACUGUCCUGUUUGGACACAACAAUCCUGCUGUUCACAGCUCUAUCGAUUGCUUUACUACUAACUGUGAGUAUUGCAAUUGUCAUUACUUGGACAUACAGUAAAAUAAUUUUCGCAGUUUUAAAAAUUACUUCUGUAGAUGGGCGUAAAAAGGCCUUCUCCACCUGCUCCUCACAUCUCAGUAUUGUAAUCCUGUUCUACUUCGCACAUAUUUGUGUCUAUAUAAGUUCCAUGGCAAAAAAUGUUCAUCCGAAUGUUGUCAUCUUGACCUCCAUCAUGAACUGUUUACUGACUCCAUUUGCAAACCCCAUCAUUUACAGCUUGAGAAAUAAAGAGUUAAAGACCGCUAUUCUAAAACACUUCCACAUAAAUGAGGUUUUCAUAAGUUUCUCUCGUUUACGUCCCCAGUAAAUGUUUUUGUCAGUCUUAUCUAGCUCAAGUUAUGCUGUGACACAUACAAAAUGGGCCCUUUGUGUUGAGUAUCUGACUCUUUUUUUUGUGAAUAUCCAACAUUUUUGCUCUUUGGUGACCUUAAUAAUAUAAAUCUUUACACACUCAUUGCAAAUGCCAUGUUAAUUUUUAUCACCAUUUAGCAGUGUUCUCAGCUACACACAUAGCAUUAUUAUUAUUAUUAUUAUUAUUAUUAUUAUUAUCAUCAUUAUUAGUUGUUAUUGUUGUUGUU